UUGUAAAGUAGGUUGAAAGUCCAAAACCUGGCAAAGAAGUGUUUCUCCACUUUUGGACCCCGUGAAGUAAGUACUGUAAGUAGUUAGUUUGCUGGAAAUCUUGCAGGGAUCCAAGAGAUGUUGGUAGAUCCAGGCCAGGCGCGAUUGUGAGUACUAUUCGCUAUGUAGCCAGGACUGACUUUUGUUUGCUACUGCUGGGUGGUAUAUGGUCGUCCUUGAAUCCCUCAAUAUCAGGAGUACAAGACAUUGUCACUCAUUGCUUGUAGAAAUAUUUUUGUUUCGGGUUCAGUAUAGUAGGUCCUCGUUCAAUGCAGUGUAGUUAGUGGCUAAGUGUGUGAUCCGGUUUGCGGCACCACCGUCGCGCCCCCUUUGAAUUGAUUGUCACAAGGAUUUGCUAAUUGCUGCUCACGUGGUGUUUGAAGUGGUGCUGCAGCUCGUACUCCACGCUGCUACGGCUGGCUGGCUCUGCGGCCGACAUUAUUUUGAGCAAAUCGCGAAGGACCAUACUCCAUAGUCUGUAGAUAGUUAUGGCCAGUGCAGGGGAACCCCCGUCCAGUCACGAAAGCCACUUCGGAGGCAGUGCCAGCUACUCGGCGAGCGGUGAGAAAGCAUCGCUGCUGUCGGGCGAGAAAUCCGGCGGUGGCGGCGGUGCCAGGCGACUGCUGUUCCAGGACAACGAUGAUGAGGAUGAGACUGACCUGGUGGUGUCGGGACGAGUGGCUGCCGAGACUUCACUCUCGCUGAGCAAGAGGAGGUCGUUCGCGAGCCGCCAUCGCGGACCGCUUGGCGUCGUCAUGGCGCUACUGGUGGCGGCGCUCGUUGGCGUGGUGAUCUACUUCGUCGUGAACACAGCCCAGAAACCGGCGGAGCUCGGGCCCACGGCCGGGCCGAUCGUCCCGACAACGGGCCCGGUGGCGUCGUGCGCGGAUGGCCCCGGAGUGUCGCUCGGUCGCCGCGUCGACUGCUACCCGGAGGCCAACGCCACGGCAACGGAGGGAGACUGCCUGGCGCGGGGGUGCUGCUGGGACGGAUCGUCACCGGCCCGCGGCGGAGGCAUUCUAGGUGAGCCCGCUUGCUACUACCCGGCGUAUUAUGGGUAUCGCGUUUCCACGGUGACCAACAUUCCCGGAAUUCCGAACGCGUUUCAGAUGGUGUUGAACAACAACCGCACCCGCUAUCCGUCUCCGUAUCCGGAAGCCAUCGACGAGCUACGCGUUGAGGUCUACCAGGAAACCGACAAUCGCCUGAGGAUCAAGAUUGUGGACAACAAAGCCGAUCGGUACGAGGUGCCUUUGCCGCUCUACAAGCGUGGAACAUCGUCACCGGUCACGCGCAAGUACACCGUGUCCACAAGCAGUGCGGGAUGGGCGUUCUCCAUCAGCGUACGCAGAUCCGACACCACCACCGAACUGUUCAACACAUCCCUGGGAGCACUGAUCUACAGCAACCAGUUCCUGCAGAUCAGCAGUGCCCUGCCCAGCAAGUACGUGUAUGGACUCGGAGAGCACGUCGGGGAUCUGCUGCAUAGCGUCAACUGGACACGUGUCACGCUGUUCGCACGUGAUGCAUUUCCCGAUGAUACAUCUUGGAAUUUGUACGGCGUCCAACCGAUGUAUAUGUGUGUCGAGCCUGAUGGAAGAACGCAUGGAGUCCUGUUCAGAAACAGCAAUGCUAUGGAUAUCAUUCUGUCGCCAACGCCGGCCAUCACAUACCGCACUACCGGCGGUGUUCUGGAUUUUUACAUCUUCCUCGGCCCCACAGCGGAUAAUGUCGUGCAGCAGUACACCGAGCUCGUCGGCCGGCCGUUCUUCCCGCCGUACUGGGCCCUGGGGUUUCACCUGUGUCGCUGGGGCUACGAGACGAGUGCACACACAAUGGAGGUUGUGGAGAGAAUGAGAGCGGCCAAGAUGCCAUAUGAUACGCAAUGGACAGAUAUUGACUACAUGCAAAACCAUCUGGACUUCACCAUCGACCCUGAUAGAUUUGCUGGCUUGCCGCAAUUGGUAGAAAACCUCCAUCAGCACCAGCAACAUUAUGUGAUGAUUGUGGAUCCUGGAAUAGCUAACAUCUCCUCUUACAAGUACUACACUCAGGGUCUGGAACAAGAUGUGUUCAUCAAGGACCAUACUGGACAGCCUAUUGUGGGAAAGGUAUGGCCGGGCACAACGGUGUUUGUGGACUUCACCAAGCCUUCAUCUCAGGACUACUGGACCGGCGCUCUGCAGGACUUCUACAACCUUGUGCCGUACGAUGGAGUGUGGAUUGACAUGAACGAGCCAUCAAAUUUCGUACCCGGAUCUGUCAACGGCUGCCCACCGUCUUCGUACAACACUCCGCCUUACGUACCUGCUGUCCUGGACAAUGAGCUCUACUUCAAGACUCUGUGCAUGACAGCCCAGCAGCAGGCAUCCAUACAUUAUGACGUUCACAGUCUCUAUGGCCAUACUGAGGCGGUAGCAACCAUGAGUGCCGCACGCAGUAUCCGUGGCAAGCGCAGUCUGGUGAUCUCCCGUAGCACGUACUCCGGCAGUGGCAACCACACCGGCCACUGGCUAGGCGACAACGACAGUACCUGGCCGGAUAUGGCAGAGUCCAUACCGGGUAUUCUAGACUUCUCCAUAUUCGGCAUUCCACUGAUUGGCGCUGACAUCUGUGGUUUCCGUGACAACGCCACGGAGCAGCUGUGCCAGCGAUGGAUGCAGCUAGGCUCCUUCUAUCCGUUCUCCCGGAAUCACAACAUCAUCGGAACACUGGCACAGGACCCGGCCGCCCCGCGGUUCAGCGAGGCGUUCCGCAACUCCACGCGCUCGGCCCUGACGAUGCGCUACCGUCUCCUGCCCUACCUCUACACGCUGUUCUUCUUCGCCUCCUCCACGGGGUCCAGUGUGGCACGACCGCUGUUCUUUGAAUACCCGACAGACGUGAACACACUGGGAAUUGACCGCCAGUUUCUGUGGGGAUCAGAUCUGCUCAUCAGUCCUGUCCUGGAAAAGAACGCAACCAAGGUCAGCGCUUACUUUCCAGCCUCCACAACGUGGUACGAUAUACGAACGGGUAAAUCCAUCACCGGAGACGGCACGAUGAAGACACUCGACGCUCCAAUGGACAUCAUCCCGCUGCACGUACGAGCUGGUGCAGUUCUACCCAUGCAAGCGCCGAAUGUUACCACAAACACAAGUCGUCAGAAUCCGUUUGGUGUGAUUGUGGGUGUUGGUGAUGGUGGCAAGGCGUUUGGUCACCUCUAUCUGGAUGAUGGCGAUACAAUGGACUGGUUGACGGGCAACAAGCACACCAUUGUUGCCUUCACUUACACAUCACAGCCGUCAAGAGUGCUGAAAACGGACGUACGCGUUUACGGCUAUCGUGGAGCUAACGACAUGGCAAUCCGUGACUUCACCUUCUACGGCUGUGUACUCUCGGGGAAUGUGACUGCUAUCCUCAACCACAAUGCACUGCCCGCAGAGUUCGUCCAAUACGAUAUGGAUACCGAUGUGCUCCGAGUUACCGUGCCAACCACUCAACCAUACCGACAGUCCAUCGCGCAGGACUUCACGCUUGCCCUGACGGAGGCGAACGACUAGGAAACGUUGCCAAUGUGCGCGUGUGUUGUAGUGGUCGUGGUGUGGGGGGGGGGGGAGGUCUGUGUGUGUGUGUUUGUUGUGUACGUGAUCCCUGCGUUUGUAUGUGUAGGCUUGCGCCAUUACAUCACAAACGGUCGUGUUAGCCCGAAACUACAAUCACCUCUCGGUGACCAUGUACAUGCACAUAGCAUACAAUACUUCAGUUUAUUGCCUCAACAGUACACCUGUAUAACUGCCAAGGUGGCCGAACAGCAAGACAGUGCGAUGUGCUGCGUGUUGUUUCGGAGCUGAACCCUUUUGUAACUUUUGUAAAUUGUAUGUGUUCCUGCCUUCUAGGACCAAGGAUUUUUUUUAUUUCCGUAUGUUUUCAGCUCAUGCUGGCCCGUGAGUGGAUUUUAUUUUGAAAUUCUUUCUUCACUAUCUAAUACAGCUUGCUACUUUGAAAUUCUGCAAUUCUAAACUUUUUAUCUACAUGUAUGUCCUUUAUAUCUGCCCCGGGAAUGGGCCUGUUUAAUUUGGUAUUACUUAUAAAUUUUAUUAUCACUGUGUGAUCAUGUUGUCUGGACGAUGAUCGUAUUUAUCCUUUGCAAAUUUUGUUUCAGUAGAUGAGGUAUGUUACAUUUUCGAGAUGUUGUCUGGUAUAAGACCCAUGCCGUCGAAAUGAUCCUCUUGAGAUUCCCACACAUAACAACUUGUUUUGGAAUUUCGGUUGAUAGCUGCUAUCGCUUCGUAAUAAUUCAGAUCCGAAGUUGAGCAUGAUUUAUUGCCUGCGUGAUUUGGCUUGUAUCUCUUGCAAUAAUUAUUAUUAUCAAGUGUGAUUUUGAAACUUCAUGUA